AUAACUAAAAAUUCCCACGUGAAUUAAUAACAUUACAGUCUUUUUUUAGAAGAAAAAGACCAUGAAACCGCCAUUGUCGUCGUCUUCCUCUAGUAUUCUUAGAAAAACACGAUUCUCUCCUUAUCUCUUUACUUUGUUAGCUUUCAUUGUUUUCGUUGCAAUUCUCUAUGGAGAAGAUUUCAUGUGCAUUCUUGGACAGCUUGAACCAAGUCCAGGCCGAGUUAUGUCUAAACCUGUGAAGAAGAGAGAGAAGCUGGCUUUCGCAAUAGGGAAGGGUGAAGAAGGAUGUGAUGUUUUCAGUGGGAGGUGGGUUAGGGACGAGUUAACUCGGCCUCUCUACGAAGAAUCGGAGUGUCCGUACAUUCAGCCUCAGUUGACGUGUCAAGAACAUGGAAGACCUGAUAAAGACUAUGAAAAAUGGCGAUGGCAACCUCAUGGAUGCGAUCUUCCUAGUUUCAAUGCGACAUUGAUGCUGGAAACCCUAAGAGGGAAGAGAAUGAUGUUCGUGGGAGACUCAUUGAACCGUGGCCAAUAUACAUCAAUGAUCUGUCUUCUUCAUACACUCAUCCCUGAGGAUAAAAAAUCCAUCAAAACUUAUAAUCAUGAUUCCCUCACUGUUUUCAAAGCCAAGGAUUAUAAUAUGAGCAUUGAAUUCUACUGGGCUCCAUUUCUACUUGAAUCGAACGCAGAUAAUGCGAUUGUUCAUAGGAUAUCUGAUAGGGUAGUGAGGAAAGGUUCCAUCAACAAGCAUGGCAAGCAUUGGAAAGGGGUUGAUAUCUUGGUUUUCAAUACCUAUUUGUGGUGGAUGACUGGCUUGGAGAUGAAGGUCUUAAAAGGAUCGUUCGAGGAUGAAGAUAAAGAAAUAAUAACUGUUUCAACCGAGGAAGCCUAUGGAAUGGGAAUGAGAAGCAUGUUGAGAUGGGUGAGAAGAAAUAUGAAUCCAAGCAAAAGUAGGGUUUUCUUCACCAGCAUGUCCCCUACUCAUGCAAAAGGCAUUGAUUGGGGAGGUAGAGCAAGUGAGAACUGUUACAACCAAACAGCAAUGAUUGAAGAUCCAAAUUAUUGGGGUUCGGAUAGUAGAAAAAGUGUAAUGAAAGUGAUUGGGGAAGUAUUUAGUAAAUCAAAGUACCCCAUCACGUUCCUUAACAUCACUCAGAUGUCGAAUUAUCGCAAAGAUGCGCACACAUCGAUUUACAAGAAGCAAUGGAAUCCAUUGACGCCCGAGCAGUUGGCUAACCCCACUAGCUAUGCCGAUUGUGUUCAUUGGUGUUUGCCUGGCCUUCAAGAUACUUGGAAUGAGCUUCUCUUUGCCAAAUUGUUCUAUCCUUGAAUCUAUUUUGUUACUUUAUAAUAUAAUUACUUAUAUAUA